UUCAGCAGGAUAUAAUGCGCCCUGCCACACUGAAAAAACUGUUCAGGAAUGGUUUGAGGAAUAUGAGAGAGAUUUCAAGGUGUCUCAAUUUGAUCGAGCAUCUGUACGUGUGCUCUCUUGCUCAACACUGAACAGUAGCUCAACAGGGAAAAUGUAGGUGACGUGAACUUUAGACAAAUGCUUUGUAAAAAAGGAUUAUAACAAAAUAUUUAUUUCUUUAUUUCUAAUAUUUACUUAUAUGCAGAAAUACUACUGCAGAAGCACUUAAAAAUCCACCAUCCAGCUGAGUUUUCACGAAUGCCACAGUUCCCGACAGCACAACUGAUAAUAUUAUUACACACUCCUCUACUCUUCUUAAACAGGAAAUGGUGAAAAUGUUUGUUUUCCUGGUUUUUUUUUUAGACUAGUGAUUCUGGAUGAUCAGGAAAAAAAUCAGUAUUGCACAAGUCUACUAGCCAUGUUUAAUUUUGUUUAAUUCUAAAACACAGCUUCUGUUUCGUUAUAUGCUGCUAAGAGUCUGAAUGAAUCACGCAAACAUUGUUUCAUUAUUAAGUUUCAAGGAUUUUUUUUUUUUUUUACUUUAAUAGCGCUCAAUACUUUUAUCAAUUGAAAAUGGAAACCUAAGCCACAUAUCCAUAUUCAGGCCAUACUUAUUUUUGCUGUAUCAAAAUCAUAUCAAAUUUGAAUUUUGUGCAUCUCUGCAUCCCUAGUAUUUAUAUCAAGUUGUACGUCAUACAGUCGUAGCGUUUCUCCUGAGUAAUGAAUAACAAACGACAGAUCACGCAGUUAUACGAAAACAAUUCACAUCUUGCUCACUCGAUCAGAUAGAGAGAGUGAGAGAGAUAUCUCUCUCAGAAAGCUUGUCAUUUUACAGAGAAACCAGAAAGCGUAAACUCCUCCGUCCUUGGAAAUUUUGCACAGCACAGUGACUGUAAAAGUGCUUACACUUGAGACUCCUUCCAUAAAUGUCCCCUAACAAAAAAAGUCACCACAUCAACGAUUAUACAUUUCACUUUGUUUAACAACACAGUUUCUUUAAUCUGUUUAUUAUUAAUCUUAGAUUAUGUGGGGCGUCUGCCGUACAAGUCCCUGUGAAUGAGCAGUUACUAUAGAAACAAUAGCAUAUUAGAACUAGCACAUUAAUAUUAACAUGUAGUUCAUGUUACAGCCAGAACUACUAUCCGAGCCGCUCCGUUAUUCGAUAAUAACCUUCUGACCAAUCAGAUUUGAGAAUUCACCCGCGCUGUAGUAUAAAGGAAAAAAGAUAAACCCUUUCAUGCGUAAUGUCUACACUUAUAAAGUCAAUUUUAGGUCAUUUUCACAGUUGGGUGAAGUCUGAACACUCUUUUCGAGCAUAGGAGCAACCCAAACAUCCAGUUCCUCUUGAAAUCUGAACCACAGCAUGGUCCACAUCAGGUGUGGAAGCUUUACCGUGAACCAGACUUUUUUAGGACUGGGGUGUUUUGUUGAUCUCUAUAUUCCCAAAUCCCAAAUUAAAAAAUUAAUGGGAAACACACACACACACACGCAUCCAUCCACUGAAUUAUACAAUUAUGUCAAGAAUAUUUUGUUCAGAAAUUAUAUUUUCUAUAAUUUUGGUCAUCAACAUUACAUUAGAUAUUUUAGAAUUAACAUUUUUCUCUAUUAUUUUUCCCAUUCCAGGUAUAAUUUCAGGUCUUAUACGUCUUUUAUUUAUAGUAUUCCUACACAUGGGCACUCUAUUUACUUUUUAACGUGUGAUAUUAAACAAAAGGUCAUUUUAAACAAACAAACAAACAUAAUCAUACAGAAUCCAGAUGUACUUUUUUCAUAACCACUUUAUUGACUCCAGUAAGGCCCAAAACAACCGGAUCUUGAUGAACCCCUGGAUUUUUUUUCCUUAUUAUGCAGUUUUUGAGAUUAAUAUCCGACGGAUUUCUGGUUAUUAAUCAAAUUAAGUUAGCUAUUUAGACAAAAACGAAUCGCAGUGUAAAAUCUGCUGACAGAACAUCAGCCAGCUCAAGUGUCACCUGGCAGAUCUCGGGUUUGAGUUGAUCCCUAAGGCUAAGCUUUGUUUAUUUAGAUAAAAAAAAAAAAUAGAGCUGUGGGGAAAAUAAUCCACAAUAAACAACGAGGUGUGGACCAAUGCGACACCAUACACGCUACAUCAUCAAUAAUAGACUGUGCUAGUGUAUACACCGGGACAGUUCAGGUAAUGCUGAUGUGUGUGUGUGUGUGUGUGUGUGUAUUAACACACAGCUACUUCUUGGUGAGACAUCAGGCUUUAAUCAGGCUGGUCUCACGGCAGGAAGUCAGAGCCCUAAUCUCUGCAGCUGCCUGGCAGGAGCCAUCAUGGUGCUGCAGCAAUGACACCACUGCACUGUCUAUAGGAAAUCCGAGAACGUUCAUGGAGUCUGAGAGAAUGUGGUUCAUUCUUAUUCUACUGCAUCUGGGAUUGCAGCUUCCACUCAGCCUUUCCUGCCCAAGUAGAUGUGUGUGCUUUCCAAAUGGGGAUGUUGCAUGCACUGGGGCCAUCACUGAAAUCCCACAUCUGAAAGCCAAUCAAACUUUCCGCCUGAAACUCAAUAACACUCAUAUAACAAUCCUUAAUCCCCAAAGUUUUCAGGCUCUUGUUUUUUUACAGCGUGUCCAAAUUAGCCACAGUCCUCUUGCCACUAUCCACCCAGAAGCGUUUCAUAGUGCUUCUCAUCUCCGGUCAGUUGUGUUGUCAUCUAACCUCAUCUCUGCCCUUCCACCAAGAGUGUUCAGCAGCCUGUGGAACCUAGAGCAGCUUCACAUUGAUGGGAAUCAACUGACGUCUCUCCAUGCGGACACGUUUAAACAGCUGGUCAAUCUCACAGAUCUGAACAUCAAGAAAAACCAAAUUGCAAAUCUGGAUGCCAGAAUCUUCCAGGAUGUGACAAGCUUGAAUUACCUGAACCUGUGUGAGAACUUACUACAAAAGAUCCCACAGACGUUGUUCCACAACCUUAACCAGCUCAAGUCCCUGAUACUGUACUCCAACCAGCUGAAGACUAUAGAGGAAGGUUCCUUUGAUCAUCUGCACAACCUGUUAACACUCAUGCUGCAUAAAAACCAAAUCCAAGAAAUCCCUCCUCGACUUUUUUGGCACAUGCCCUCUCUGUUAACCCUGACUCUGUCUGGCAACCAACUUCGUUAUAUUCCAAGAGAGACCUUUUACUAUCUACCCAACCUUACUAAACUUACACUCUACAAAAAUCCCCUAAUCUCGCUGCCGGACCAGCUAGUAGGUCACAUGCCAAGACUUCAGGAGCUCUACCUGUAUAAUACCAAUCUUACCACUGUGCCUUGGAACCUUUUUGCUAACAUGACUGGCCUCAGGGCUUUGAAUUUACACUUUAAUGAGAAGCUCACCUCACUACCAAAGGACCUCUUUUGCUGCUUGCCCAAUCUUCAAAAGCUAUCUUUAAAAAGCAACAUACUUCAGGAUUUACACCAAGAUCAGUUUUCAGCCCUAACCAAUCUUAAGACGCUACUACUCAGUGGUAACAAGCUCCGGUCCCUUUCAGCAAAGAUCUUUCAAAAUCUCCAUCGUCUAACCGAGCUUGGGCUGAGCAACAACAAGCUGAAUAACCUCCCAGGAGAUAUUUUUGUGCAUGUCACUGCACUGCGGUCUGUUACUCUUGGGAGCAACCCGUGGAACUGCACAUGCACUAUUCUGGACUUUGCAGAAUGGAUUAUUGAAAACCGAAAUGUAGUUACUGACCUGCAUGAUGUAUUAUGCCAUGAACCUUACUACUUACUUAACAAACAACUGGUGGUGUUAACCAGUGACAGUCUGAAAUGUGGCGUCACCACUACAGGAGACCUAGCAUCAUGUUUCACUGGCACAAUAACAACUAGCAAUGUAGCUACAAAUACCCUCUCACCAACCACUAUUCUUUCAAGUCAUCUGACCACCACUGCUUCUACAACCGAGGAAGUACAUAUUGAUGUCACCAAGUCCAGUGUGUUCUAUGACACUGUGGUCCUUGUUAAUGGUCCUGAUAUUGUCCAUAACAAUCGCCACCAGCGCUGGGUGUACCUGUGGACAGUACCUACUACUGGACUUUACAGUGGGUUUUUGAUGGCUUUGCAUGUUGUUCUCAUAGUCACCAGUGUUCUUCUGAUCAUAGCCAAUGCUUAUGCAUUGUACCGUCUGCACAAGGCUUUGUGGGAAACAGGGAUGACUCUUACUAGAAAUCAGACAAUCAUAACUAAAAGAUUGCUGAGUUUUAAUGGCAAGCUCUAGAAAAAGUACAUUGCAUUUCAUCUUAUCAUCAUUAAUCUCUAACCACAGUGUUUCUCAGUGACAUAUUCUGUUGUCCUGACUCACUAUGACUAUAUCUGUUUGAACCCUGUAUGUUAAUUAUGACAGCAUGUUAAUAUUAUGAUUUAUGUACAACUUUGUUUUCUAGAGAAGAUCCCUAAAAUGCGUAGGUGUGUCAAAAUUGUAUAUAAAUAUUUUUUUCCAUAUAGUUAUAAUUCAUAUUUCACAAGUCAUUUAAUCACUGUUUUUGAUCUUAAAUAAAAUUAAAUGUCAUCUGAUGAAAUUAGAGUUGUUUUUUUUUUUUUUUUAUUAAAAUGAGCUUUUUUCCCCCCAAGUUUCAAGGUAUGAGGUGUUAUGCCAGAAGAAAAAACAAACAAACAAACAAACAAACAAACAAAAAAAAACCCUUUAGGGAGUGAAUAUGGGUAAAUGUAUGCAUUUCUUUUACAUAUUUGAAGCUUAUAUUUGGCUUGGCUUAGUUUUGGAAAUAAAUGCUUAAAAUUAGAAAAAAUAUCUGGCAAUAGAACAAAACUGUUUCAAGCUUUAAAUGAGUAAAAAUGUCUACAAAUAAUAAUCAUAUAUUUGGUUUAUUGUAUUGUAGAGGAACUACUAGAUAGAUUGAGCAUAUUCACGAUAUCAUAUGAGUCAUCAGUCAACUCAUGGUUCUUCGCCCAUUUUUGAAGUUCAUUACUGGAAGUUCCUAUUUUUGGUCAACAUGGGCAGAAACCAUCAUCAUGCAGA